GGAAACAUCAUGGCCGUCACCACAAUCGAUGUGUGUGGAAAGAGAAGUUUAUCCAGUUCAAAUCCAAUGUUUUAUUUUAGAAAAGUCGGUGAAUUAACAUGUUUUUUAGUUGUUUUGUGCGUGUCGGUGAUUCAGUCGGUGACGGAUGAUGGAUACGGGAUGGAGGACUUCUUGAAGCGGGAGUAUUCGCUGGUAAAGCCAUAUCAAGGGUUGGGUUUCUCCAGUUCCUCCCAGUGGGAUCUGAUGGGCACUGCCAUGGUCACCACUGAGCAAGUGAGGCUGACCCCUGACCUGCAGAGCAGACAAGGAGCGGUGUGGAGUCGAAUCCCUUGUUACCUGCGGGACUGGGAACUGCAUGUGCACUUUAAAAUCCAUGGCGAGGGCAAGAAGAAUUUAAAUGGAGAUGGACUUGCUAUCUGGUUUACCAAAGAGCGCAUGCAGAUUGGUCCUGUGUUUGGCAACAUGAACCAGUUUACUGGGCUUGGGGUCUUCGUGGACAGUUACCCCAAUAAUGACAAGGACCAUGAGAAAGUUUUCCCAUAUAUAUCAGUGAUGCUGGGUAAUGGGACUUUGACGUAUGACCAUGAUCAUGACGGGCGGUCGACUGAGCUAGGAGGAUGUACUGCCACAGUGCGCAAUGUCAACCAUGACACCUUCCUCUUCAUCAGAUAUUCCAAAAACAGGCUGACGGUAAUGACAGAUGUUGAUGGUAAGCAGGAAUGGAAGGAGUGUGCUGACAUCACAGGGCUACGUUUACCACUGGGCUACUACUUCGGCACCUCUUCUGCUACUGGAGACCUGUCGGAUAACCAUGACCUUAUCUCUAUGAAGCUGUACCAGCUGACAGUCAAGAGGACUCAGGAGGAAGAGGAUGAAGAGGAGGUCCCCAUCCCCAGUGUUGAUGAUGCUGCGCAGUUCCUAGUGGUGGUAGAGGAAAAAGGGAUGAGCGGAGUCCAGAGCUUCUUCAUCCUCCUCUUCUCCCUCGUCGGCUUGGGUGUUCUGGGUACCGUGGCAGUGAUUGUGUAUGGACGUUGGAAGGAAAAUAGCCGCAAACGUUUCUAUUGAUACCAGAAGAUAUCAGUCUACGUAAUAGACAACAUAGUGCAAAUUUUCAGAAUGUCCGUCCUCUAAUCAACAUCCAACACAACAAUGCUGAGACUGCCGUAGCUGUACUUAACCGAGCAACUGAAAGAAACAAACUCAUGCAGUUCAGCAAAGAGAACUGAACCGAUUAGCCAUCUGUGAAAUUUAGUGUUAAGGAAAAUAAAAAAGAAACUUUAACGCUCGCUGCUGUGCGAACUGAAGGUGACCUGUGGAUCUCUGGCCCAGAUAUUGGGAUACUUAAUUGCACUAAUAUUUUGAUGAUAAAAUCCCAUCUUUUAAAGAGGAUAUGAGUGAGUGAUGGCUUUUGGGGAGCACUUAGGUCAUCUUCUGCCAAAAGUUGGUUUCAAGUUUGACUUUCAAAGAUGUCACGAAACUAUUCACUCAUCCAUCAUGCUCUAUAUUGUACUUCCUAGUGAAUGAAGUUGAUGACUCCAUUUUAAGUGCCUAGCUAGGACCAAUUCAAAUUGAGUCUUACUUUCCAUGGAUGUCCUAGCAUUGAAAUUUAAUUUUCACCCAUAUUUUGUGUUAGACAUCAUUCUACUCUAUUCAUUCUUUUAAAUUAAAGUUACUGACAGCUCUGCCAGGAUGCAAUUGUUAAAUGUUUCCCCAAAUCUGUUUUUAACCAUUACAAAUUUUUUGGCACUUGGCAUACCUACUGAACUCACUUGAAUUAUUUUGAAUGGCACGUGAUUACCUGAGAAAACUUUGUUUUUUAUUAGUUACUUUGGGGUUGUUGGUUUUUUUUUUUUGGUUUUUUUUUCAGAAACAUGUCAGCCAUCUCAGUUGUGAUAAUUUCUCUUGAUUUAUUUUGUCAUUUUCAUGUUGUAAGAAAAAAAAUGCACUGGGUCUUUCAUUGUCCAAAUGCAAUAUCAUGGAGUCUAAUGUGAACUGGAGUAGGAGGAGUAUGUAUCAAUGCUGUUUAACCUGUGAUAUUAAUUUUGUUUACAAAAUAAUACUGCAGUUAUUUUGUAUCAAUAAUGCUGGAGCCGUACCGAAGCUUUUCAGAGAUCGGGGUCUUUAUUAAAGGUGAAUUUCAUGAAAACCAAAAACCAAAUACUAGGCUGUCACUUUAAAAAGACAAAUACAGUUUUAAGUAAGAUUUUCCCAACACAUUACCAAAAAAAAAAAAAUCGUGUGUGAGGCUAACUGAAAGAAUUUAAUUUCUUCCCAUGGUUUUACCAAACAGAAAAGUAGAUUCUUUGAUUCCUAGAAUUGCCACCUGUAAUCGCUCUGAAAAGAAAAUCUUGGAACAUCUGAAAGAAAUACAUUUGCGUACUUUUGCUGGAUAAGAGUCACAAAGUCCAUUUGAAGAGCACUUGCUCUUUAUACCUCUAAAGAAAGAGUCACGUGAGGAUAGAAAUAGGUCUACAAGCUAAUGCUACAGUAUACAGUGUAACUUUGAGGAAGAAAACAUAGCUUUACAAAAGCCUUACUUCAAUAACUGUUGAUAUGUAUGUACUACAAGACAGCAUAUGUGAUAGUUAAUUGAAGAUGCUGUAAACACUUGGUGAAAACAUCAGUCAUACAAUGCCUCAUGAGAGGUGAAAUACUGACAUGGCCUGGUUGAAAUCAAAACCCUGAACUCUUUUUUUAUUCAAAUCUGUCAGUCUAAACUUCACUGGGAAGUUAAGCAAAAGAGCAAAUGCACUCCUUUUUUGUGCCCCUGUAUUUUUUUCCAAUAAAAAUGUAUAC